AUGUGGGCAAUUUGGGAGAGGCGUAACCAAUGGUGCUUCGAGGGACGGCGGAUCACAGAGACUCUGGUCUGGGGUCGGGCAGCAUCCUUGUCAUUGGAGGCUAUUAGAGCAGAGCAGCUUGUUGCAGGGUCCAGGGAGCGCAAGAACGACCUGUACGUCGAAGGUAGAGGCCUCCAGCACAAGGGAUCAUCAAGGGUGGUUUGGAAUUGGACUUCUCCUCCCUCUUCUUGGGUCAAGCUCAACAUGGAUGGGAGUUGUUUGUUUUCCUCGAAUAAGGCUACUACAUGUGGCUUUUUGAGGGACAAUAAUGGUGCCUUGUGUUUUGGCUUGGCCUCGAAGUUGGGUCCUGGAGAUGUUUUCCUUGUUGAGAUUAUUAUUAUGAAGAAAGGACUCCAGUUUUGUUGGAAGUGGGGCUUCCGCAAGGUGAUUUGUAAGUCAGAUUGUCUGGGUGUGGUGGAUAUUAUGAAUACAGCUGGUAAAGGCUUGGUUCCAGUCCUAGAGUAUAAUGUGGAGGUAACUGUUGUUAUGCAACUCUGUCACUUAGAUUAUGAGGUUUCUCUUUAUCAUAUUAGAUGUUGUAAUGUUGUGAGAGACAAGCUCACAAACCUUGAUCAUGCCCAGCAACAUGUUCAUCUGUCCUAG